UUCCUCUCUCCCCCCUCCCCCUCCCCCUCCCAUAUAGAUACAAACUCGAGUGAUUUUAAUUUUUAAUUUUUUCCCUUACCAUGUCCGAAGGAGAGUCUUCUCCACACUGGGUACAACUACCCUCCAAGAUUCUCAAUGAACUGGGCCUUCUCUCACUCUGGAAAUCCUCGCGAGAUGUAAAACUACUUUGCGCCCAGCGAUUUGUCCGACUAUUUGCUUAUGGCGGCUCAACCCUCAUCUUAGCCUCGUAUCUAUCCACUUUAGGCAUCUCUGAUGCCCAAAUCGGUCUUUUUAUGACCUUAACUCUGGUGGGAGACGUGGUCAUUAGCUUCUUCCUAACACUCUUCGCCGAUGCAAUGGGUCGCAAGGCCGUUUUGCUACUAGGAUCCGCCUUGAUGGCAGGGAGUGGAAUCAUCUUCGCUUUCUUCAACAAUUUCUGGGUUCUUCUGGCGGCCGCCGUUCUCGGCGUAAUCAGUCCAAGUGGAAAUGAAAUUGGACCCUUCCGAGCCGUCGAAGAGUCCACUCUGGCUCAUCUCACCCCUCAUGAAUCGCUGAGCGAUAUCUUCGCUUGGUAUUCGCUGGUCGGUACCGCGGGGACGGCCUUGGGCAUGAUGGCCUGCGGAUGGGCCAUCAAUCUACUGCAAGUCAUCCGGGGAUGGCAGUUUAUCGCGGCUUGUCGGACCAUCUUUUUCGCCUACGCUGGCAUCGGCAUUCUCAAAUUCAUGCUUGCCGUUGCCUUGAGCCGCAACGUCGAGGCAGAUGAGAAGCAAAAGCCAGCCCAGCAAGGCGAGAAUGGUGAAACCCAGCCUCUCCUGGAUGAGAGGACCAACGACGAGCAACCUCCCAAGAAGAAAGGCUUCCUUGCUUUACGAGGAGACAGAGACCUGGUGUCGUUGGUCGUCAGACUCUGUAUUCUAUUCGCUCUUGACUCAUUCGCUUCGGGUUUAGCAUCAUUAUCCUGGAUGACGUACUUCUUCAAACGGAAGUUCUCCCUGCCAGAGGGUAAGCUCGGUUCCAUUUUCUUCACGACGAGCAUUGUUGCGGCUGCCUCUAUGCUGGUCGCAUCUUCCAUUGCGAAGCGCAUUGGUAAUGUUAAGACAAUGGUCUUCACUCAUCUCCCCUCUGCCAUCUCUCUGGCUCUGAUCCCGGUGCCGAACAUCUUGCCUCUGGCCCUGACCUUCUUGGUCCUCCGGGCCUGUUCCCAAAAUAUGGAUGUCGCUCCGCGCUCGGCUUUCUUGGCUGCGGCACUUCCCUCGGACAAGCGCACCGCCAUCAUGGGCGCCAUCAAUGUAGUGAAGACCAGUAGUCAGAGUCUGGGUCCACUGAUCACCGGCGUGCUAUCGAAUCAUGGUCGGUUUGGUCUCUCCUUUACUAUUGCCGGUAUCUUGAAGGCUAUCUAUGAUAUUGGCAUGCUAUUAAGCUUUGCGGGAACGGAGCCGGCCCAUCGCCCAAGGCCUACUCAGAGUGAGAGGAAUGCUUAACCUUUUCCUAAAAAGAGAAAGAAGAAUAAAGCCCCUCCCGUCGGUAGAUGUAUGGAUGCUUUGGUCUUCUAGAUCUUUGGAUACAACAUGUUGCGUUUAGGAGAUACUCUUGAUGGUCUACUCCUUUCUCUUCCCAGCCUUGGUCUGCAUUAGGAAACAUAAUCGAGUCUGUUUUAUAUUAGCAAAUUAAAACAAUAUAGAUGAUUGUAAAUUUUCUGCCAGGAGCAUCCCCAUGCUGCUUCUUCUCUUCUCUUGGCUCGGUAGUGGGCUCUCAGGACGUUGCCUCGAACAAACUCCAGAUCCAACACCCUCGUGAGUCUGAUCUUUUCCUUUUUUGGAUCAGCUAGAUGAGUAGUUCGUUCAGCAGUGAAAGCAAUCAGUCAUAUCAAUCCAUAUCCACCAAACUAUUCAGGUUCCCAGUACCAUUCAGGGACAUUGAGUAUGUAAGAUUCCAAUACAUGAAGUCACU